CUGCAUUCACAGCACGCAUCACCGACGACGACUUCAACCUCCCACCAUCCUCUCAUUUCUUUUCUCUCACACAAAGACGGGGUUCAUUGUUGAAGAAGGAAAGCACGGUGCGCAACAUGCCGUUCUCGCGUUGAUAAGAUCGAAGACCGUAUUUCCACCUCCGUCCGAACGCUCGAGGAAGUGAAGCUGGCCUUUCCAACUUCCUUUGGGGCCGCAACGUGUCUUUGUGCUAAAUACAUCAACGUGUCACCAUGUCGGCCACUUCCGCCCCCGUCUCGACGGGGAAUGCCGUGACGUCGGCAGCGGUAUCGUCGUCGUCGGGGAAUGCAAGCAUGGCAUCGCAGUCGUCGGCGAGCGAAGCGAUGAAGUCGAUCUCGAGCGUCAUCUCCUCAGCCUCGGCCGCGCUGCAGUCGGAGAGCCAGAUUGCCGCGGGCGGCUUCAGCCUGCCAAGUUGGAUGAAGUGGCUCGGUCUGGCUUUGGCGGUCGGGAGCGGCUUCCUGAUUGGUGCUUCGUUUGUCUUCAAGAAGCGCGGUCUCUUGGCCGCCCAGCGCAAGUACCAGACCCAGGCGGGCGAGUCGUACGCAUACCUCAAGAACCCGCUCUGGUGGACGGGCAUGACGAUGAUGAUCCUGGGCGAGGUGCUCAACCUCGUCGCAUACGCCGUCAGCUCCGCAGUCCUCGUCACGCCGCUGGGUGCCCUAUCAGUCGUGAUCUGCGCCAUUCUCUCAUCGUUCUUCCUCAACGAGAAGUUGACGCUGUUUGGCAAGAUCGGCUGCUUCCUCUGCAUUGUCGGGUCCACUGUCAUUGCGCUCAACGGACCUGAGCAGCAUGCUGCGGGCGAGAUCAAAGAGUUCCAGAAGCUCUUUCUCAGCGUCGGCUUCCUCGUCUGGGCUGGUCUCUGCAUCGUCGCGUCGGUGGUUCUGGCCUUCUUUGUGGCGCCCAAGUACGGCAAGAAGUACAUGCUGGUCCAUAUUACCAUCUGCUCCCUUAUCGGUGGCCUCUCCGUCAGCACAAUUUCGGGCAUUGGUAGCGCCGUCGUGCUCACGAUCCAAGGAGAGAAUCAGUUCAAGCACUGGUUCCUCUACUUCUUGCUCGCCUUUGUCGUCAUCACCCUGGUCACCGAGAUCAUCUUUCUCAACAAGGCCCUCGAGCUCUUCAACACGGCCAUGGUCACUCCCACGUACUAUGUCUUGUUCACCUUUGCCACCCUCGUCACGUCCGUCAUUCUCUUUCAGGGCCUCGAUUCGAGUGCUAUCCAGAUCAUCACAAUCGUCCUGGGCUUCCUCACGAUCUGCGCUGGCAUCACCUUGCUCCAGCUCAGCAAGAUUGACCCAGACGACCUCACGAACAAGGAAGGGGCUGUGGGCAUCGAUCGUGGUACCACGAUGCUCCUUCGGGCGAGCCGAAGUCAUAUCUCGCACAAGGGAGACGGGGGAAUGGCCACUGCAAUCGAGGAUCCGGGCAUGGACACCGUCCGAGGCGGUCUUGGAGUGAUUGGGAGCAUGGUGCGAGCGAGAAGCUCGCGGAAGAUCCACGCCUCGUCAGAUGCGUAUAGGCAAGUGGAAGGCAUGGCUUCGAGCGACUCCAACAGCGGGCUCAACACCUUGGGGAAGAAGGACUUGGAGCGCUAUGAGCUCCAUGAUCGACCGGUCCCGCGGCGAGGCAGCAGCAACCCUUCCGUCGUUGGUGGACCGGGCGGGAUGAGCUUGACGUUGCCCAACAUGCCGUCAAAGAGGGACACCACCAUCUCCUUUGUCUCUGGCUCUGAAGAUCCGCAUGGCCACCAUUCUGGGUCCGAGAAGCCAAUGGAGGGGCUCCACAACAUCUUGACGUCUCCUCCGAGCAACCAUGGCAUCCUCAUGUCGCCCUCUCACAGCCAGAUUGGCCUGCCAGGCUCGAGGAAGGGCAGCCUCGAACCACCGGCCUCCUCGUCGAGCCACCAGCACCAGCAGAGGCACGGCUACACGACGGAGCCAGCCAGUUUCCUCACGCCCGAUGUGGGAAGCAACGUCGCCACGUCUGGGUCUACACCGGCCUCGUCGAUGCUGCUGGGCACCGACGAUGGGCGUUUCUCAAGUCAGGGAAGGCCGGCAGGGCCUAGAUUGCGGGGUGCUGGGGCAGGUGCGAUGCCACGGAGUGGUGCGGCUGCUGAUCUGAAGAGAAUGUGGGAUCCUUCAAGCGCUUCAACGCAGAUCCGGCCAGACGAGUCGUUGGAGAGCCUUGAUGAUUCGAUGGCAACCCAGGGCAACGACGAUGACGAUGACGAGGAAGGGGAUAGGAGGAGGCAGCAGGCGAGGAGGAGCAGAUCGGGAGAGAGGAGAUAUCCGGGCGCGAGCAAGGGCCACAAGGACGAUGAGAUGGAAGAGGAGGAGCUAUUGAGCCCCGUCAUGCGAGGCGCUCAAGGUACUUUUAGAUCGACGGCCGACACCGGUGCAAGACGGUGACCGCGUGCCCUCUCCCUCUUCUCCCUAGUGCCCACGGACAUUCUCGAACUGCUCUGCUCCGCUCCAAGCCCCCUAUUCCUUGUAGAUUUGAACACUUGGUCUCUUUUCUCUUCUGCGCCAAGGAUACGUUACUCUUAGAUGUACACUUUCCCCCCGAUUCUCAUCAACGCCGAUUG